GAGGGCGGCGGCCAUGGACGCGGCGGGCGCGGGUUUCCGGAAGGAACUGGUCAGCAAGCUGCUGCACUUACACUUCAAAGAUGACAAGACCAAAGUGGGUGGUGAUGCUCUGCAGCUCACGGCCGAGCUCCUCAAGAUCUUCGUGGUAGAAGCGGCCAUCCGCAGUGUGAGACAGGCCCAGGCUGAGGACCUGGUUCGUGUGGACUUGGAGCAGCUGGAGAAAGUGCUGCCCCAGCUGCUCCUGGACUUCUAGGGGCCCCAAGAAGUGGUGUCUGGCCUCAUCAAGGAGGAGCUGGAGCGAAGAUGCCUACUGGAUGGGGCUGGAGAGCAUGGACGCCCCUACACACCAGGAACUGUGCUGAGCCCCUCAAAUGCGAGCAAUAAACCCAUGUCUUCCUCCA